AUGAAACUAUACGUUGUCAGCCCCGACUGUGCGCCGAACGAUCAGUGCCUCCGCAUCAACGGCGCCGGGUGGGGUCUCCUGGAGCAAGACAUAGCUGACACACAGGUAUUACAGCUCCACCCCAGCGAGCACGCCGACUUCAUCUGCGUCUCCUACUCAUGGGGCCGCGGCCGUUGCCCAAGCCCCUUCCACCCGCCGUUCGAGGUCUCGGACCGGACGCUCCCCGCUUUAACGGCCACCAUCGCGCAGCGUCCGACGUGCCACAGGAUCUGGAUUGACGCCUUCUGCGUCCCGCCCCCCUCCAAUCCACACCUCCGCGCCGCCACCCUGGAAAGCAUGGGCUUCAUCUACUCACGCGCCGCCGAGGUCAUCGUAGUCGUCUCUUCACAAGCCCUGCCCGUCCUCCAAUAUAUUACUACCACUAAAGACUGGGUCACGCGCGCCUGGACCUACCAGGAAGCCGUCAACGCCCGCCAGCUGCACUUCACCACCACCACCACCAUCAGCGCCGCCGCCGCCGCCGGCAGCGGCGUGCUCGUCGACAGCAUGCAGCUCUUCUCACGCCUCGGACACGCGCUUGCGCUUCUCGCCAAGACGGCGCCCAAGGAGCGCAAGCGCUACCCGCGGCUGAGCGCCUUCGAGGACGUCAUGUGCGAUCGUGCCGUGGCUGCGUAUCUGGAGAGGUCGGCGCUGCAGGUCAUGACCGUCAUGGAGGAGCGCACGCAGACGUGGCCGGAUGACCACUUCUAUGCGAUGAUGGGCGCCAUCUCAACGGAGCCGGCCAGGGCGAGUGGCGCUGAGAGUGCGUGCGAGGCGUUCAUGGCAUUGUGUGAGCAGAAGGGGGACUGGAGUUUUGUGUUUACUUCGGCGAGGAGGGAUGGGAAGAUCGGGGGGACGAGGUGGAGGCCUACCAAGGAGGGGGGUGAGGGCCUGAAGCCGAUUAUCAAGCUGCCUAGCUGGGGAGGGGGGCUGAAAGGGGAGUGGAAGGAUGGGUGCUUAGUUCUAGAGCAUAUUGUUGUGUUGGGCCUGGGGACGGCAGCACACGAGGUCGGCGCAUGGAUUCGGUGGUGGUUGGAAGGUUUCGACCCUCGGCGGUACGGGUCUGAUGCCAAGCUAGGACCGGCGGCCUUUGAAGCUCUUCGGGAGCUGGGAUUCUCGGGGAGUUCAGAGUACUUGGCGACAGAGAACGGAUUGGUCUUCCCCCAAAAUCCAGUGCCUCCGUCGGCCCAAGUGGAAGUGCUGGUCACCGCCGAAAUCAGGUGGUCGCCUGGGGCCCCUGCUCUGGUCCGGUAUCACGGAGACACUGGCACCGACCCUGGGUUGUUUUUUUACGAGCCGGCAGUCUUUGGGGAGAUGCCAAAGCUUCUCGCCGUCCACCGCCCAACAGCCGUCUCCCUUUCCUAA